AUGACCAGUACAACUUCAUGCUCAGAGAAACAAACAAAAUCAAAAAUUCUUGAAUGUGGUGCAUGCCAGUCGGAAGUUGCAGCUGAUCACUUAGGUAUACAAUGUGUUCAAGGCCAUCAUUUUUGUGUAGAUUGUUCACAAAAUAUUGUUCGAAUGUUUUUAUUCGAACCUCAAUCUUGGAUACCGUUGAAAUGUGUCACGUGCAAUGUUGCUUUGAAUGAAUCUGUUUUUGAACGACAAUUGAAACCUGAACAAAUUGAUUUAUAUCAAAAAAAUAUGUUAGCGUUCUCGUGGGCUAAACAACUUGUGAAAGAAAAUGAAGAAUUAGUUUAUUGUCCUUUUUGUAGUUACGCUGAAAUAAGAAACAAAGACGAUAUACAUUUUAUGUAUUGUCCACAUCCUGACUGUGGUAAACGUUCGUGUCUAAUAUGUCGAGGAGAACUGCCAAAUUUUCAAGAGAAUUAUGAUUAUCCUGAUAACGAAGAAGAAUAUGAAAUUAAAAUGAUCACGUUGAGUAAACAUUUUAAAUGCACAGAAUUGAAGAACGAAAAGAAACUUUUGGAUGAUACGUUAGAACAAGGACAGAAAUUACCAUGUCCAAAUUGUGGUUUAUCGGGCAUGAAAGAUGAACAAUGCACUCACAUGAUAUGUCCGAACUGUAGUCAACAAUGGUGCUACUUUUGUGGUAAAACGUUGGAGGAUUGCGAUAAAGAGACAAGAUACGGUACAAUAUAUGAUCAUAACGUGAAUUGGGAAUGUAAUCCAUUACGAUGUCCAAUGUAUUUUACUCAAAUUGGGGAUAUCGAUGAUCGUUGGCCAGAUACAGAAGAAGACUGCCUUUUUUUAUUUCAUCGUAAAAGGUCAUUACGUUUAUUGAGAAAUAUUUAUGAACAGUGGGGAGAAGAAAAAUUUAAUGCACUUAAUGCACAUUUUCAUUCAAUCGAUAGUAGCGGUUUUACGAUGGAUGAGAUUAAAAAUGAGGAUUUACAAUUAAUUGUUUAUCCAAAUUUCAGUUAA